AUCAAUCGCAACGAGAUGAUGCGACGCCAUAUCGCCCGUGUCCAAACAAAUAAGUGAACAACAAAGAUGUCAUCUUCGCCUCUCAACUUCUUGGGUUUAGGCGCCCAACACUUUCCAUGGCUAAGCACCCACGAGGACUCCAUUUUUCUUCAAGGCGACCUGGUCAAUUUUGCCGAUCUUCUCCGUCCCCCUGAUGGCCAGAAUGAUCAAACGGAAUUUGACCGCAGUGUCCAUCAACUCCUUCAUGGGCCAGAAAUUGCUCCACAGGCUCUGGGCUCGAAAUUGGAGAACUUGUGUCAUCAACAGCGACACCCUGUGGCACAAUUAGGAGAAUUUCAACUUCAAGGUCUUCGUGAGCUAUGGAAGUCCAGAGAAAAGUGGCUCAAACUCCAGCGCGAGGUCCAAAGAAAAUCCAGCACGAAAACCAGCGAUGAACUCAAAUUGGCAGACAUCUCUACGCAAUUGACGCUAGUUUUGCUCUUCCCGCUGCUGAGCGAAGCUUCUCAGACGAAUGGCGCCCUGCAAAAACGAGCCCUGGACCUGGUGGACACGACCAUUCGAAAUCACGGGCCCAUGAGCAUUAUGGACGAUGGCCAAUCCCUCGACGGAUUGGAUGAUCUGCUCGCUCAAUGGAUCAAUGCAGGGGACGAAGGGCACCCAAUGAACAACCAAUUGUUGGGCACUCUUGUAACCCUGGCCUGUGUCCGAAGAUCCACAUGUAGCGUGCUGAAAUGCAUACGCAUUCUGCACAAGAGAAAACCUCCGCAAGCCCCGUCCUCGCCCACGGUAGGCAUCGAACUCCCCGUCUACAACAUUGUGUCCCGUCUCCUUCAGCGAGAAGGCGUUCCUCGAAAACCCUCUGUGAUACUAGGCUACCAUCAUCUCUUGUCAUGGAAGUAUCCUUGCCAUGCGUUUCUUCCCAAUCAAGCCAGCGAUCUAGAAACCAAUCGCAUUAGCAUGACGUGCUCCCGAUCAUUCCUGUAUCUGACCCACGAAACUGGAAGUGGGUUGAUCAAACUGGGUUCAGCCUAUGACUCAACCUUGAGAGGAUACGUAUACGCUAAGAAUGAACUCCUUCUCCCUGGGUUUGUGGCCAUGGCCAAUCAGAUCCUCAUUCACCGGCCUUUGACUUACGACAUUGGCUCAAGUAAACUCUUGGCCAACCUCAUCGACCCCAACAAUCUUGACAUUCUAGAAUCGAUAGACGUUCCGAUUGAGAUGCGGGUUGAAGGAAAUGUGACCACACUCAAUCUGCUUACUAAUGGGACGCACUUCUAUUGGGUUCGAUCCUUCAAAGUCCCGGAGGAUCAGCGCCAUCGCACUAAAGUGGCCCAUAUCGUCUUUGUCGACUCAUUUGUCAUUGCCGUGCUAGAUGGGAUACCCCGGGUCAAAACAGGAUCCCGAACGAUCUUGGAACGAUGCGCCUCCCAGACACCAAGUCUAAGAGACCUGUUCAAGAGAACCUUGCUUGGUCAGAUUGCCCCAUCAGAGCCAUCUGCUGAUGAAGGUCGAGAAUCGAGCGCAAACUCAAGCGGCAGCGUUGUAGUGGAUCCAACUUCAACGAGCUGUGGCAUCACCUUCAGGAUCCUCAAGAUUUGUGCCACCUGGACAGACGGAUCGUCUCUUUCGUUUUUGGUGUCUCAACAAGCUUCGAAUCAAGGCUUUCGAGACCUACCCAAAGUUCUCUUUCCUCUGAAUUGGAAUGGGACCCCUUGCAAGGUGUUGGCUGUGUCUUUGUCGUUUGACUUGAGGGAUGGGAUGCUCUUGGGGCGAUCCGAAGUCGGUGAUUCUGGUGGAAGCAGUCUGGGAUGGAACAAAGGUGCAUCUCUGUCGGGUAUGGGUGCAUGCUACGACCCUUAUCGGAACCUAAUUUGGACCGCUUCGAAUCAUUGCUUGGACGAAUAUCUGAAUUCAAGUCUCACUUCGAUUCAUUUCCUGAGACGCAGAUUGUCGCUAGGUGAAAAACUUGACAUCUCCGCACUUCCCCCCCUCAUUUCAUCGUCUUCAACGGCCUCGUGUUUAUCUCAAGUCAUGAUGGCAAGUGUCCAAGAUGUGCUCUCGGUGCUUGUGGGGCAUGUUGGUCUGCUCAGUGAAUAUGCUUCGGUAGCCGCUCGGACCAUGUCGUCAUCCGUUCAAGCUUCGCAAUUGAGCGACGAGACAAGGGAGCAAUUGCAAAGGGAUUUCUCUCAUCCCGAAAUUUUUCACCUCGCUCUGGAGAUGUUUGAACUCUUUAGUCUGGAAUCCAACACACAAGCAGCCUCCUGUAUGCUGGCUUGUGUCAGAAGAUCCAUUGAAGACACUGCUUUGGAUGAUAAUACUGACAAGAAAAAACUCAAAGGACUUAAGGAGCACCUGACCGGCAUAUUGAGAUCGGGCCAAUCUAGUCCCUCUUUUGUGGCUCUGGUUGUGGAAACCCUCGGAGCUCUGCAUUGCAAAAUGAACGGUCUGUGA